GCGGGGCUUCUGAGCUCUACUUGACUGAUAUUGAUUGACGUGCAAGUCAGCCAAUCAGAGACGGCGCUGGAAGCUUUUAAAGGUGUCCGAAGCUGCGGAGCUGAGCGCGAGCUACCUGUAGGAACCGAAGGAGGCAGAACCGGAGCGGCACCGUUAUCUCGACCCCGCCGGAACCAGCCCGGUUCCUCCUUACAUUAACCGCUUUGGCUAACUUGUAAACCUUAAAGAUGACCCUCCGUUUUCUCCCUUUCGUCUUUCUUUUUGGAUUUGUCGCAAUAGGAAUGACAGCUGCGAAUGAAAACACAUCUUACUAUACCACGGAGGCGGUUCUUCUGGAUGCCAAUUCUACAACUUCUUACACGGCAACAAGCCUAAGUUCCAGCAUCAACCAGACCCUAAGCAAUGGGCCAUCUACUGCAACAAGCACUAGAAUUACAGAACAUGUCACAGAAGAACUUACAAGCGUCACAACAACCAGUCCUACUGCAGGGACGAGCAGUGAGCCGAAGACCACAGAAUACACAACCACCAUCACAACCAGCAGCCAAAAUAAUUAUUCAUCUGCUCCAGCUACUGCCACAGCAGUGGUAGUAACAGGGCCAGAAAUGAGUGACCCCCCCACCAAUGAGAUUAUAAAUACAACCAGUGACACACAUUUUACAACCACAAAAGGAUUGACUACAUUAAUUGGGACUACUGCAUCCACAACCACCGAGAUAUCUACAGGUACAACAAUGACAUCCACAAGCACAGAGUUAUCUACUGAUACAGCGAUGACAUCCAUAAGCACAGAGACAUCUACAGGUACAACAAUGACAUCCACAAACACAGAGUUAUCUACAGGUACAACAAUGACAUCUGCAAACCCAGAGAUAUCUACAGGUACCACAAUGACAUCCACAAGUACAGAGACAUCUACAGGUACAACAAUGACAUCCACAAACACAGAGUUAUCUACUGAUACAGCGAUGACAUCCACAAGUACAGAGACAUCUACAGGUACAACAAUGACAUCUGCAAACCCAGAGAUAUCUACAGGUACAACAAUGGCAUCUGCAAACACAGAGAUAUCUACUGGUAUAAUGAUGGCAUCCACAAACACAGACACAUCUACGGGUACAACAACGACAUCCACAAACACCGAGAUAUCUACUGGUACAAUGAUGACAUCUGCAAACACCGAGAUAUCUACAGGUACAAUGAUGACAUCCACAAACACAGACACACCUACAGGUACAACAACAACAUCCACAAACACAGAGAUAUCUACUGGUACAACAACGACAUCCACAAACACAGAGAUAUCUACUGGUACAACAACGACAUCCACAAACACCGAGAUAUCUACUGGUACAACAACAACAUCCACAAAUACCGAGAUAUCUACUGGUACAACAACGACAUCCACAAACACUGAGAUAUCUACAGGUACAACAACGACAUCCACAAACACCGAGAUAUCUACUGGUACAACAACAACAUCCACAAAUACCGAGAUAUCUACUGGUACAACAACGACAUCCACAAACACUGAGAUAUCUACAGGUAUAAAAACGACAUCCACAAACACAGAGAUGUCUGCGGGUACAAUGAUGACAUCCACAAACACAGACAAACCUACAGGUACAAUAACAACAUCCACAAACACCGAGAUAUCUACUGGUAUAAAAACGACAUCCACAAACACAGAGAUGUCUGCGGGUACAAUGAUGACAUCCACAAACACAGACACACCCACAGGUACAACAACAACAUCCACAAACACCGAGAUAUCUACAGGUACAAUGAUGACAUCCACAAACACAAACAAACCUACAGGUGCAACAUCCACAAACACCGAGAUGUCUACAGGUACAACAACGACAUCUGCAAACACUGAGACAAGUACACGGAUCACACACUCAAAUACCGUAACAACCACAGGAAAACCUUUGGUCACUACAAGCAAUGAAAUGAACACAGGGACAUCAGCCUCAUCAACCUACAGUACAAGCAGGCCAAUGACAGCAACAAGCAUCAAUCAAAGUGGAGCUACAUCUUCCCAAGUCACUAAUACAGCGUCUGGCCAAACGACUAAAACCACUCCUACUAAUCCAGCAACUGCCUCUUCCAACACUACUCUGACCUCUGCUGCCACCACCAGUGCUAUCCUUACCAACAGCAUAGACCCUGCUGUCACUACUAGUGCCAUUCAACCAACAGAAAGCCCCGUUUCCACUGCUCCCACACCCUUAGUUUGUCCAGCUGCCCCGUGUCCAGUUGGGAGCGCCUGCCUGAACGGGACAUGCCAGUGUCUUUCAGGCAGUUACCUUUCGAAUGGAAAGUGUGUACCAGCCAGAGUCUUCCCAGGAAACCUUCGUGUCACCUCCUUAACGUUUGACGUUCAGAUGAGCAACAGGUCCUCAAGCAUAUUUAGAGAAACGGCAGCAAAUAUAAGUGCAGCCCUCAGAGAUGUCCUAAAAAAUGAGCAGGGGUAUGUAAAGUCUGAUGUAAUUCAACUGCAAUCUGGCAGUGUGGUAGCCAGCGUGAAUAACAUCUUUGAAAACACCGCUGCGUCUGAAGAGUCUAUCAAACAGACCAUCGAUGACGCUAUAUCCAAAUCCACGGGGUUGUUGCAAAAUGCUACCUUCAAAAGCACAUCGCUGUGUGAGCAGGAGCCAGUACCCUGUGACGCUGCUUCCACCGUGUGUACAAACAAAAACGGUCAGGCUACUUGCUCCUGUUCUGAGGGCUACAUCUCCACUGUGUUCUCAAACAUCAGCUGCAAAGCAUGUCCAAGUGGUCAGAAGGCAGUGAGAAACACAUGUGAACCAUGUUCCUUUGGAUAUGCUGGCUUCAACUGCAAUGACUCGUCACUUUUGGCUGUCGUGAUCAUCUCCUGUGUUCUUGGAGGAGUUCUUCUGAUCCUGGUUCUGGUUCUGCUCAUUUACUGCUGCCGGGGGAGAUGCUCCAGCAAGAGUCCUAACUUUGGCACCAGUCCAUACAACGAAGACCUGAACAAAUCCUGGCCGGCAGACAUCACCCCCAUCCCACGAGCCACCCUCAGCUGGGAAACACCUGGUUCCAUAGAAAUGACAGAAGGGGGCAGCACCAACACACUGGUGGAGAAAAAUCAUCACAGCAACGGCCUGGGAUCUCAUCUGAAGCAGAAAAAAUGGAAAAAGUCUGGAUCCUACGAUCUCAACACAGAAGACAUGAAGACGUUCAAAGGUAGAAAUUCAUCCCGUUAUUCAUACCUGGUCCAAGGCCACGAGAAUCCGUACUUCCUGCCAGGAGACGAGAACAGGAACUGAUGGGGGCGAAUCAAAGAGAAGUGGAAGAUGAGAGCGCGCAGCACAUUUCCUGAGCAGGACCAGGUUUUUAUCAGGAUGCUCAGACUCGGGUGAAUCAUGAAGGACAUGCUCAAACGCAGGCUAACCAAAGAAAUUAUCCAGGCAGAGACAUUUCUACAUUUUUCUAAUAAGGUUGUGUGCAACCAUUAAAAUAUUGCUUUCUUUGAUCUGUAUGUUUUAAAUGAUGCAUUUUUCUUUUUCCAUUUUUUUUUUAUUUUAAAGAAAUCCAUGUCUGAUCUUUCAAAACAAAGCUUAUUUUGACAAUUGCACGAGUGUGUGUAAAGUUUACCUCCAAUUUUAUCUCUUAAUCAAAUGUGAAAUGUGGGGAAAUUUUGGGGUUUCUGUAGUUCUUCUUUAAGCCAUAAUCCUUUCUUAUUGAAACAAAUCAUCAGUUACUGAGGGGGCUGGAUCCCUACUUUGGGCUGUAAUGAAGGUGUUUUUUUAUCUUAUAGCAGUCAAACACUGAGUCUUUAAUGCAGCUUCAUCUGUAAAAUGUGCCUGUUUUAGUGGUCAGUUUGACAAAUAGGAAACAUGCAAAACUUGUCAGAAAAAUCUUUUUGGAUGUGCCAAUUAUCACAGUUACAAUUCUCUUGAAGAUUCUUUAUAAAUAUAUUUAUCCUUUUGUGUGUGGGGCAGUUCACUGUUUUUUAUGUGUGCAAAGUUUUUGUACAUGACUGAGGAGAGUGGGUGUGAAAGAAAUAAAUUAAUUUAAACACAA